UUGUAUUUACCCAUCAUGCAAUAUGAGUGGGAGUGAGUCUAGUUGGUCUCCUCCUAGUGGUGUUCAAUGUCGAUAAUAAACUGUUGUAAAAAGCGGUGAAGAGUGUAAUGUGAAGACGGGUGCUCAGUUUAAAGGGAAUUUCGGAAAAGAAGUCAUCGCAUUCAAGGAAGAUGUGAUUUUGGAGAGAGAGGAGAGGGUCGUGGCGCAGCUUCGACGACGUUCAUUCGUAGCAAUCAGUUUGGUGACGUAGUCUCCAUUAUACCUGUGCCGUGCUGUCGUGCCUCGAUCACUUUCUAUGCUGGAAUUAAAAGGGAGAAAAGAAUGCAACCAAAUGGCUAGCAGCAAUUUAGUAACUUUCAUAUGAACUAAAUACAGAGCAAACAGAAUUAUAUCACAGGAGCAAUUAAAAACAUAAUCACUAUGUCUACUAAAGACCUCAUGGAUUCAUGUUUGCUCGUGAAUCGCAGAGUUGAGCAAAGGCAGGAACAUAGCAUAACACACACAGAGAUAACACAGAGGAGAAUUUUACAAGACAAAGGUCCAGAUAUGCAACAUUACAAGGGACCAGAUGCAGGUGUCUCCGUGAAUGACAGCGUUUACCAUACGCAUAGCAAUGGUCAUUCGGAACACUCGCCAAAUUCUAGCCAUAUGUCUGUCCACAGUGAUGAACCACUAGUGCGGACACAUAAACAGCAAACGACACAACAAGUAACAACAGUGACUAAAGUUGUAAGAGAAGUUCAGCAAUUGGGAGACAGUUCACAAGGAGAGUACGUGCCUGUGCCUCUCGGGGCUUACCCGCAUCCAACUCAUACCCGUCCGCAAUACGUGGAUUAUAUGGAACAACCAGCACAUCAUAUGUAUUCACAAUAUCAUCCGCACCCACACUACCAAGAUUACGAACAUUACCCACCCAAUCCGUAUGGAGGAUAUAUGGGAUAUUCUGCUGGUGUAGAGAGACCACCGACACCACCUAGUCCUAGCGAACAUAGCGGCGCACCAUCACCAUUACCUCUGGCAGCUCAAACCGGUGCACCAUACCUAAGUUCCGGAUACGACGAACUCCCGGAACACUACAGAGUCACGCCGUCUCCAGGUGGUCCAAUAUUGGAUCCCUAUCAAGAUGAGUCUGGCGUAGUGUAUGGCUAUGUUUCACCAUCACCAUAUGGUACAACAAGUACACAUCCGGGUGCAACAUACGAUUCCAGAACAUACGAGGAGAGUAUUAACGGCCCAGUUCCAGUCACCGCUCCCAUGCGUAUGUUCGAAGACGAGGAACUUCAGAAGCAUAUGAGCAAAAUGUCUCUGCAUGGACACAAUAUAGGACUUUCACACAAUAGGACUCAUGGCAUGACUUCCCCUGGUAGCGUAGGCGGCGAUGAUGACCAGAGGGGAAUGCGUUGGAGGGAUCCAAACUUAACAGAAGUAAUUGGAUUUCUCAAUAACCCCAGUAACGUUAUCAAAGCGAAUGCGGCGGCCUAUUUGCAGCAUCUGUGCUACAUGGAUGAUCCUAAUAAACAGAAAACCAGAGCAUUAGGUGGCAUUCCACCAUUAGUAAAUUUAUUGAAACACGAUAGCAUCGAGGUGUACAGAAAUGCUUGCGGCGCAUUGAGGAACCUGUCCUAUGGAAGACAGAAUGACGAAAACAAGCGGGCCAUCAAGAAUGCUGGCGGCAUUCCCGCCCUCAUUACACUACUGAGACGUUCGAAUGAAGCCGAAAUUAAGGAAUUAGUUACGGGAGUUAUUUGGAAUAUGUCUUCAUGCGAAGAUUUGAAGCGCUCCAUCAUCGACGAUGGGGUUACGGUCAUAGUUACAUAUAUUAUUAUUCCACAUUCGGGAUGGGACGUUCAAGGCAAUUCUGGCGAAACAUGCUGGUCCACAGUAUUCCGAAAUGCCUCCGGUGUACUUCGCAAUGUUAGUUCGGCUGGCGAGUAUGCCAGGAAAAAGUUAAGGGAAUGUGAUGGGCUUGUUGAUGCGUUGUUGUUUGUUGUGCGUUGUGCCAUAGACAAGUCAAAUAUAGGGAAUAAGAUUGUAGAGAAUUGCGUAUGUAUCUUAAGAAAUCUGUCGUACAGAUGUCAAGAAGUAGAGGACCCCAAUUACGACAAAAACCCUCUGCCUACGCAGAGUAGAGUCACAGCGAAUUCAAAAGGCGAGAAUUUGGGAUGUUUCGGUGGUAGUAAAAAGAAGAAAGAUUCUCAGUCAUUGGAAGUGAAAGAAAAUAAUACAAGUACUUCUGGCAUGGGAUCAAGCAGCAUUGCUUCUAGAGGCGAACCUGUCCGAGGCACAGAAUUGCUUUGGCAACCUGAGGUCGUGCAAGCCUACUUGGCACUCCUGCAAAGUUGCUCAAAUCCGGAAACAUUGGAAGCCGCUGCCGGAGCUCUGCAGAACCUGGCUGCUUGUUACUGGCAACCCAGCAUCGAAAUUCGCGCAGCAGUCAGAAAAGAGAAGGGUCUGCCCAUACUGGUGGAGCUUCUGCGAAUGGAAGUUGACAGAGUUGUUUGCGCGGUUGCUACAGCACUCAGGAACUUAGCAAUCGAUCAGCGCAACAAGGAGUUGAUUGGUAAAUAUGCGAUGCGAGAUCUCGUGCAAAAGUUACCUUCUGGAAGUCCACAACAUGAUCAAGGCACCUCCGACGAUACAAUAGCCGCCGUUCUGGCUACACUCAAUGAAGUGAUCAAGAAGAACGCUGAAUUCUCCAGGUCUUUGUUGGAAGCCGGAGGUGUUGAGAGAUUGAUGACGAUCACCAAACAGAAGCAAAAGUAUACACCAAGAGUACUGAAGUUCGCUGGCCAGGUGUUGUUCACGAUGUGGCAGCAUCAAGAUCUCAGAGAUGUAUAUAAGAAGCACGGAUGGAAGGAGCAGGACUUUGUUACGAAAACAGUUGCUGCGAGGAACGCAGGUCCAAAUUCUCCAAACAAUGCAAAUAGCACUCUGAACCGCCCAAUGGCCUCACAGAGUGGCACUCGGUACGAAGAUAGGACCAUGAAGCGCAACGCUCCAAAUACUGCUAGAGGAAUGGCGCCUGUUUAUCAGAGGAAUGAAGACAUCCCUAUGGCUGAUAUGGCAUACCCUGAACCACAACCCCCUAUGGGGGGAGUGAGAGCUUAUCCUGGCCCUGGCCCAAACCCUCCUCCACCUGAACCUCUUUAUGCGCAAGUGAAUAUGGAAAAGAAACGAAACCGGCAGCCCAGUCUAGGCAAUGCUAACCAUCUCGAGGAACACCCAGCACCAACCGGAAAAGACUCUUGGGUCUAGUAGCUGGCAUUUAAACGCUGUCACAGACCAUACCAGCGAAACAAACAGAUAACACCAUGCGCUAGACUGGUUUUGUUACUUUAUAUUGUUUCGAAAAUUAAGGGAAUUAUAACACGAAAGGAUGAAUACAAAAAAAAUAAAUAAGAAGAAAAGAAAUAUAUUCAACGCAAAACUUUUUGACUAUUUCCGCCUGCCUGACGACGCAAACGCCUGUUAUAUAUCAAUGUCGCAAUUCUGUCGCAAUUUCGGAUAUAUAAUGCACUGAUUCAUAUUAAAAAUGUAAUAAUAUUUAGUUCGUUUACU